AUGGCGGCAUUAAACAGUCCCAAGCUUUUGGCAGUGCUCAGGCCUACGGGUGACAUAUUUGUAAACGGUUUAUCAUCCGGCUACGACGACAAUUAUCCUGAGUCAGAGCAGCUACGUUUGCUGAUGACACGCGAUGAUUUCGCUACGAGUGUUGCCAUGAUCAAUGACGCGUUAUUGGAUCAUUGGCCAUGUCUACCUUGCACUGGUUUUGGCUACGGCUGCUGCAUUUGCACGCUGGGACUAUCGCUGUAUUGUGCUUCAACUCAAGUUGCGGAAGCCGAGAGUCGGCUGCAACUGCAGUUGCGACGGAUGAACGAACAGACAAAGUUUAAGGAAAAAGGAAUUCAGUGGCGAUUGAAGAGGUCUUGGUGGAAAAGAACUUCUUAUAUUGAAAUCGUUGUGAAUGCAAAUAGCUGCAAAAGUGUCGAGACUUAG